UCCACAAGGCUGCCACCAUGCUGCAUCUCAGUAAGGGGGACUUCGUGUGGAUGGACACCGGUCACGGUGUGCCGAUCGGGGCAGAGGUGACGGUGACCGACACCGGCCAGCUUCAGCUGACCGACGAUGAAGGAAAAGAACACCGGCUCAACAAGAAGACGCAGGGCGGCCUCCGCAGCAUGCACCCCAGCUCGGUGAAGGGCGUGGACGACAUGAUAAGCCUGGGAGACCUGAGCGAGGCCGGCCUGCUCAGGAACCUCCUGGUGCGCCACAAAGAGGGCAACAUAUAUACGUACACAGGCUCUAUUCUGGUGGCGGUGAACCCCUACCAGCUGCUGCCCAUCUACACCAUGGACUAUGUGCACAUGUACACAGACCGGCGGCUGGGCGAACUGCCGCCGCACGUCUUCGCCAUCGCAGACAGCUGCUUCUUCAACAUGCGCCGCACCCAAAGUAACCAGUGCUGCAUCAUCAGCGGAGAGUCUGGAGCAGGGAAAACCGAGAACACCAAGCUGAUGCUCCAGUUCCUGGCGGCGGUGAGCGGCCAGCACUCCUGGAUCGAGCAGCAGGUUCUUGAGGCAAACCCCAUCUUGGAGGCAUUCGGAAACGCCAAGACCACCCGCAACGACAACUCCAGCCGCUUUGGGAAGUACAUCGACAUCAGCUUCAGCAAAGAGGGGGCCAUCGAAGGGGCCCGGAUCGAGCAGUACCUGCUGGAGAAGUCUCGGGUGUGCCGUCAGGCCCCAGAGGAGAGAAACUACCAUGUGUUCUACGACAUGCUGAUGGGCAUGCCCGAAGAUCAGAAGAAGCUCCUCUCUCUGGGCAGCGCCUCAGAAUACAAGUAUCUGACCAUGGGUAAAUGCACCAGCUGUGAGGGACGGGACGACGGGAACGAGUACGCUCACUUCCGCUCUGCUCUGAAAGUACUCACCUUCUCCGAGAAUGACUCCUGGGAAAUCUCCAAACUGCUCGCUGCCAUACUCCACCUGGGAAAUGUGAACUUCACCAGCAGCACGGUGAAUAACCUGGAGGGCAGCGACAUCGCCAAGUCUUCCCACUUCACGAUGGCCAGCAAGCUUUUGGAGGUGGAUCCCAAAGCGCUGGAAGACAGCCUGACUCAGCGCUCCUUCAUGACCGCCAGAGAGAGCGUGGUCAAACCGCUGAACACCACACAGGCCAUGGACGGCAGGGACGCUUUCGUCAAAGCGAUAUAUGGACGUCUCUUCAUUUGGGUGGUGCACAAAAUCAACAAAGCCAUUUACAAGCCUCCUGAGGACGAAAGCGAUGUCCGACAGUCCAUCGGCCUGCUCGAUAUCUUCGGCUUUGAGAACUUUGCCAAAAACAGCUUCGAGCAGCUGUGCAUCAAUUUUGCCAACGAGCAGUUGCAGCAGUUCUUCGUGAAGCACGUUUUCAAGCUGGAGCAGGAGGAGUACGCCCGGGAGGGCAUCGUCUGGAAGCACAUCGACUACCAGGACAACCAGAGCACACUGGAUGUGCUGGCCAACAAACCCAUGAACAUGCUGGCGCUCAUUGACGAGGAAAGCAACUUCCCAAAGGGCACAGAUGCCACAUUGCUCCAAAAGCUGAAUCAAGUUCAUGGGAAAGGGAACAUCUACCUUACCCCAAAGAAUGACCACGACACGCAGUUUGGAAUCCAGCAUUUUGCCGGAGCGGUCUACUACGAUUCAAAAGGCUUCCUGGAGAAAAACCGUGAUGCUCUGAGCACCGACCUGAUCCAGCUGGUGGAGACCUCCGCCAACAAACUCCUCAAAAGCGCCUUCCACAAUGAGCUCUCCGGCAGCUCCUCAACAAUCAAGAGCAGUGCCAACCCCAAGAUGAUCAUCACCCCAUCAAGGCAGACCGUGAGGCAAGCGGCCGACAACAAGAAGCGUGUGCCGACCCUGAGCGGACAGUUCCGCAAGUCUCUGGACUUGCUGAUGAAGACUUUGACUGCAUGCCAGCCUUACUUCAUACGCUGCAUCAAACCCAAUGAUUUCAAGAGGCCCAAGGUGUUCGACAGGGAGCUGUGCAUGACGCAGCUCCGCUACUCCGGCAUGAUGGAGACCAUCAGGAUCAGGAAAGCUGGGUAUCCAGUGCGCUACAGUUUCGACGACUUUCUCAACCGCUACCGUGUCCUGCUCAGGGCUCCCACGGGCGAUCCCAAAAAAGAAAACAAAGAGAAACUCUGUGAAAGCAUUUGUAAAAGUGUUCUUGCUGGUAAAGGCGACUGGAAAACCGGCAAAACAAAGAUUUUCCUCAAGGACUUUCACGACACCAUACUGGAACUGGAGAGAAUGGAGCAGCUCAACACAAAAGCACUUCUGAUCCAGAAAGUAAUGAGAGGCUACAAAUACAGGAGGGAUUUCCUGAGGAAAAAGGCAGCGGUGCUCGUCAUCCAGAAACACUGGAGGGGCUACAAAGGCAGGAAGCUGUACCGAACGGUGCAGCUGGGCUUUGCAAGACUCCAGGCACAAGUCCGCUCCCGUCAGCUGUGCUUCCAGUACAAGAAGAAGCGGGAGGCGGCCCUCGUGCUGCAGGCCCACGCCAAAGGAUACCUGGCCAGGAAGGAGUUCCGGCGCAAGAGAGACGCCGUGAUCCUGCUGCAAGCUCACACCAGGGGCAUGCUGGCCAGGAAAGCUCUCAAGGAGAAGGAAAGAGCCCGGCACCUCUCUGCCAGAGAGAAGGAGAGAGAACGGCAGGCUAUGCUGGAGAAAAAGAAACGCUUGGAGGAAGUAUUGAAGAGGAAGAAAGAGAUGGACGACCAGGCUCAGCAAGAGUCCAUCACAAACCAGGAAAUGGUGGAUGAAAUCUUCGGGUUCCUGCCCACCAUGGUUGGAGGCAGGGAGGGAGACGCACCGGCGGGACUCGAGAACAUUGAAGGAAAGAGGAUGAUCAUCGAAGAAAUAGACAUCGAUGAAAUCCCCAUGGAGGAAAACAGUCUCGACGAAGACGAGGACGACGGCCUGGAUGAGUACUCCUUCUCCAAAUUCGCCACCAUGUACUUCCAGGGGGCUGCUUCCGCCAGCCACGUUCGCCAGCGCCUUCGACAGCCCUUACUCUACCACGAGGAUGAAGGCGAUAUCCUGGCUUCCCUGACAGUGUGGUGGAUCAUCCAGCGCUUCAUGGGAGACUCUCCUGAGCCAAGGAUGCAGGGCAGGGUUCGACAGAGCGCCGCACAGGAACGAUUUCUGCCACAAGACCUGGAACAGAGAGUCAAUGAGUCAACGCCAAACAGGAAGGCUUCCAUCUCCAGUGACAAGGUCCAGAUUAAUCCACAGGGCCAGAGGGGGUCCGCUGACAAGCUUUCCAGAAGCAAAAGAGCAUCUGCCCACUCGACGGAGGAUCAAAACAGAGGGUCGAAGCAGCCCGGCCUGCAGACUGUUGAAGAGGACAGCAACGUCCUGAUUGGAGAGGGACCCACCAUGAACAGACCACUGACCUCCAUGGAGAAGCUCCACAUCAUUGUGGGCUACGCCAUCCUCAGACCUGAGCUCAGGGACGAGAUUUACUGUCAAAUCUGCAAGCAGAUUCAGGGCAACAACAAUCGCAGAAGCUACUUCCGAGGAUGGAUCCUGCUGUCUCUCUGUCUGGGCGUCUUCCCUCCCAGUGACAGGUUUGUGAAGUACCUCCAGAGUUUCGUUCACUCUGCUCCAGAAUCGUACGCCUCCUUCUGCGCUAAAAGGCUGCGACGAACUCUAAUGAAUGGAAUGAGGGGGGAGCCUCCUGCCUGGCUGGAGCUUCAGGCAACCAAGACUAUGAAGCCCAUAAUCAUGUCUGUGAUGCUGCUGGACGGCCGCUCCAUCAACCUUCCUGUUGACUCAGCAUCCACCUCCAGAGAGAUCUGCCAGCUCGUCGCCAACAAAAUCAAACUCCAGGAUACCUUCGGCUUUUCUGUUUACGUCGCCCUGUAUGACAAGGUGUGGGCUCUGGGCAGCGGCCGGGAGCACGUGAUGGACGCCAUCUCCCAGUGUGAGCAGGAGGUGAAGAGGAGGGGAGGCCAGGAGCAGCACGCUCCCUGGCGACUCAUCUUCCGCAAGGAGAUCUUCACCCCGUGGCACGACAGCAAGGAGGACAAGACCAGCACGGACCUCAUCCACCGACAGAUCAUCCAUGGGCUGAAGUUUGGGGAGUACCGCUGUGAAAGGGAGGAUGAUCUGGUCCAGCUGGCUGCUCAGCAUCUGUACGUUCUACAUGAGACAGACAGCAGCACGGCAAAUGUGAAGGAAGCCGUGCAGGACUGCAUCAAGAACUCUCUGCUGGAGUCGAAAUCAGAGGCCAAGUGGUUGCAGAUGGUCAGCACAGCCCAUGCUCAGGGUCCGUAUCUGGCUUCAAGAAAAACGGCAGACCUGGUGAAGGCAGACAUGGUUGACUUUGCCCGGGAAGCUUGGCCAAUGCUGUUCUCCAGGUUCUUUCAGGUCACCAAGGUUUCAGGUCCACCUUUACCAAAGAACAAGUUCAUUGUGGCAAUUAACUGGACCGGUAUCACCUUCCUGGAUGAGAGGGAGAAGAGGCUGCUGCAGUUAUCUUUCCCAGAAGUCACUGCCAUCAAUACCCUGAGAGAAAAGAAGGUGUCUGGCCAGACCGUGAGUCUGCUGACACUGAAAGGAGACUUCCACCUGAGCGGCUCCAACGCCGAGGACAUGGCCGAGCUCGUCACGAUGUUCAUCGGUGGCCUGACAGAGCGCUCCCAAUAUGCGGUUGCUCUGAAGGAAAUGAGCAGAUCAGACGACCCGACGCUCCUCAGCUUCAAGAAAGGAGAGCUCAUUAUAAUUAUUAAGGACAAUGAGUUCUCUCAGGAGCGGGGCUGGAUUAAGGGCCAGGUUGAUAACACGAAGCGGACAGGAGCCGUCCCCAUCGAGGCCAUCCUCAUCCUGCCCACGCUGAGCAAACCCUCCAACGAGGUCUUGAACCUCAUCAACCUCUCUCCAAACCAGAGGAAGAACAUCAUCGAGGCAAACAUCAAGCAAACGGACACAAUGACAGCCGUGGCUCCCGUCACGCUGAAGGAGUUCUCUCUCGAGUAUUUCAGGCAGCCCAUAAAGGACGUGAACCGGCAGGUGAUUUCCAGGAACGCAGCUCCUGAGAGGCUGUGGGCCCACUCCAGAGAGCCCAUCCGACAGCCGCUCCUCCAGAAGCUGGGCAACUCAGAGCUGAGCCACAAAGCCUGCCUUGCUUUCACCGCUAUCCUGAAGUACAUGGGGGAUUACCCCACCAAACAGAUGCAGAGCCCCCUCGAGCUCACUGACCAGAUCUUCGGCCCGGCCACCAAAUACGAGGCGCUCAGGGAUGAGAUCUACUGCCAGAUCAUGAAGCAGAUGACCAACAACAACAACCGGUUCAGUAUGGAGCAGGGCUGGCAGCUGCUGUGGCUCUGCUGUGGCUUGUUUCCUCCCAGUAAGUCGCUUUUGAGGCAUGCACAGCGAUUUGUAGAAUCCCGCCGCAGACAGCCGCUCGCCUCCGACUGUCUGCAGCGAAUGCAGGACUCUCUGAGGAUGGAGCCCAGGAAGCUCCCACCUCAUCAAGUGGAGCUGGACGCCAUCAAGCAGAACAGCACCCAGAUCUUCCACAAAGUCCACUUCCCCAAUGACACAGACGAGAUAUUUGAGGUGGCGACCAGCACCAGGGUGAAGGACCUCAUCCAGAGCAUUGUCAAGAAACUCAAGCUGGCUUCAGCAGACGGAUUCAGUAUUUUCGUCAAAAUACAAGACAAGGUUUUGAGUUUGAAUGACUCAGAUUACUUCUUCGAUAGUCUGAGAAAUAUCACCGACUACUCCAAGGGAGCCAAGAGGAUCAAGGAUGCUGGGCCAGUCAACAUCUCAUACCGGGUGUUCUUCAUGAGAAAGUUGUGGUUUAAUGUGAUCCCUGGCAGAGACCCAAAAGCUGAUAGUAUCUUCCACUUCCCUCAGGAGUUACCCAAGUAUCUGAGAGGCUAUCAUAUCAGCAACAAAGAAGAUGUGCUCAACAUCGCCAGCCUCCUGCUGAGGAUAAAGAUCGGCAAAGACAAGAGCCAGCUUGUGAUGAUCCCGAAGCUGCUGAAGGAGCUGGUGCCAGCCGACCAGCUGAAAGCCUUGUCCGAGAACGAGUGGAAGAAGAAUAUUGCGGCGGCUUUCAACAAACAAGCUGCUUCGACUGCUGAAGAAGCAAAAGUGGCGUUCCUGAAGACCGUCAGCCGAUGGCCGACCUUCGGCUGUGCCUUCUUCGAAGUGAAGCAAACAUCUGAGCCAAACUUCCCGGAUAUCGUGCGAAUAGCCAUCAGCAAACAAGGGCUCACAAUCAUACACCCUAAAACCAAGGAAGUUUUGGCGAAUCACCCGUUCAACCGCAUCGCCAACUGGUCCAGCGGGAGCACCUACUUCCACAUGACCAUCGGCAGCUUGGUCAAAGGAACCAAGUUCCUGUGCGAGACUUCUCUGGGUUACAAGAUGGACGAUCUUAUAAGCUCCUACGUCAACAUGUACGUCAGGGAGAAGCGGGCGCUGCAAGCCAGGAACCAGCGCUUCAACAUGUGAAGUGGGACUGAGGAGGCCUGUGGCACAGAGACAAGUACACCAUGAGGCGGAGCUUGUCUGUUGUUGAAAGAUAAAUCAAUGAGUUAAUUAAAUGCCUUUUAUGGAAGAUGAAAGAAAUGAGUUAUGAAAUAAGUGGGAGAGCUUUGUGUUUAUUUAACGAUAUAUUCAUUUGCCAUUUAUGGAGAAUGAAUGAGUGGUAGAAUCCACAAAAUUAGUUCUGUGAAAAUGUUCAAUUUUGUGAAGAGAGCUGGUACAGCUGUCAAAUUAGGAAAUUCCCACUUGUUUAGUUUUGCAAUACAAGUCUGGACCACAACGCCACAAGAGUCACUCAAAGAAGCAGCACAAUGAAUAUUUAACCCAGCAAUGGCUGAACUGCUUCACUGCUCCACAUUAAAAGCAGACUUACACUAUUAAGAUACCAUUUAGAAGAUUCUUUGAGCAGGUUGCAGGUUCAUGAGAGAAGUGUUUUCAGAUGGCCGAACUGUGAUCCGGACUUUAAAGUGUCAAAGUCAGUAAAAGGCUGCAUGUUUCCACCCAGUCUGGACCGUAACAGGAAAGGAUGAGCUAAAGAUCAACACUCCAGCCAGGUGAAGGACGCUGAGGUGCCUCAACACUGCCUCCCGAGUGGAGAAUAGUGUGUUUGUGAGGUGUGUACUGAAAUAAAAUUCCUUGCAGAAGACAGGAGUUACUGCGUUUUCUGCAUGAAAUAACAAGCAUCUGUACAAAAAUUUAAGUUAAUUAAGGUACGGCUGUAGACAGCAACAGAUAUCUUUAAUUAAAUAUUUGUGUCGUUGUGGUGCUUCAUUAUGAAACAAUUUAUAUGAAACCAUGACACACUUUUAAAUUAUUCGACACAAAAACCAGUCGGUCAAGGCAUAAGGCAUAUCCAACAUCCAGUCUUUACCAGCUUAGAAAAACUCCUACUUUUGUGAGCGGACUUUGAUGAAGUGGAAGACAACCUGAACAAAAAGUCAAAAAUAAGUAUGUCCUGAAAACUUAAGAUGUUAAAUAAAAGCUCGAUAACGCCUACAUCUAAAGAUAUUGAUUUUUGCAAUGAAUCGUAAAAUAGGUGGCAUGCUUCUACAGACUGGUGUUAUGCCAAAUAUAUUCCUGUUAAAAAAUAAUUACAGGCAUGUAAAACUCAAUGCUGAUAAAUUACCAAUAAAAAGAUAUAUACUAAAAAUAAAAAAAAACCUAUCUUUUUAAAUUAUGAAGAAUAAAUGAUCUUUUGAAUCAUUCACAAACUGUUCACAACAGUAUCUUUCACUGCAAAACAGAGUUUCUCUCUACGUACACUGACUUCAAAGCUGUUAUUCAAGUAAAUACAACCAAAACUGAAGAAUUUAGUGUUUGGGUGGUCAUAUUAUUCCUCUCAGACUUUCUCUUUCUACAAAAAUGUUAAACUAAAUGUAAUACAUUUAUUUAUAUGCAUGAACGGAUUUGGAUCUGGGUUUCUAUGUUGAUGAAAAAAAGCAGCAAUCUUUACAGGAAUAAUUCACUCCGCAGGGCGUUGUUUCUUAUAGGUUUACAUUCAGCAUUUCUCCUUGAAAUAUGAUGCUAAUGACACAAAAAUUAUGCAAAAAAAUAUUCCAAUGUUUUCAUGUCUGAAGUAUUGACUAUUUGUUGUCAUUUGACCAUUCUUGGAAAUUUUGCGACUCAUGCUGUUUGUUUCUCCAACUGCUUGUUCUUGACAGUUUCUGCUGGAGGAUUAUUAACCCCCUCUGUGCUUCCAGCA